AUGAAGACCACCAUGGUAGCCAACCAUGGUGGCUGCCGUCAACAACACCGCCGUAGAGCGGCUGUCAUCGCCGCCUUUCCUUUCCUACCGCGUCAAGAUUUCCAAUGGGCCGGGAAAGCCACCACCACCACCGUGAGGUGGUGGCUGGCACCAUCUACCACUGCCGGCCACCACAAGGUGGUUGUGCGUGUGUAUGGUUUAAUACGAUCUGAACACCGUAUUACAAUGUGCCAAUUAGCUUGCAAAAGUUCUGAUUUUGUAAUGGUGGAUGCAUGGGAGGCAAAACAAACUUCAUUUCAACACUCAUUGACUGUGUUGUCAAGAAUCAGGAGCUUCUUUUCUGAUAAUGGAUUCAUACCUAAUGAAUCUUUAAAGGUGAUGCUUGUUUGUGGCUCUGAUCUGCUAGAAUCAUUUGGCAUUCCUGGAGCUUGGAUACCUGACCAGGUGAGGAGUAUAUGCAGAGAUUAUGGUGUUGUUUCUAUCCGUAGAAGAGAUUGCAUUUCACAAGGUUUAUCAGUGAAGUGUUUGACAUCAGAUGAAAUUAUUGAUUACAUCAAACAAAACCAGCUCUACUCAAACCAACAACAAAGUGUGUAG